GAAGCUGUCCACUUUAAACGUCCUGCUUUUCAGUCCCGGACAGCAGUUAGACGGAGAGUCUGGAUUACAGCAUGGCUCCAUCAGCGUUCCUCUUCAUUGUCUGGGUGCUGGUUCGGUGCGCCUCCGGUUCCUUCCCUCUAGCCCAAAAUGUCACUUGGAAGUCCACCAACUUUAAGACGUUGCUUUUCUGGCAGCCCGAACCGUCCUCGGAUUACUCUUACACUGUGGAGUUUUCUGCGAUUGGACAGAACAAACAGAAGUCUCCUCACUGCAUUCAGUCCUCUGAAACCUUCUGUGACCUGACCAGCUACCUGACUGAUCUGAACGCCUGCUACACGGCCGAUGUGCUGUCCGGGCCUCCAAGGGGGGGCACCUCUGACCUCAUUGAGUUUCCACACACAACUUCACCGAGAUUUUGUCCCUACAGAGACACGGAGAUUGGUCGUCUCGACUUUGAACUGAUAAGGAACGAAGAUAAGACCAGCACCACACUACAGGUGACAGACCCGCUGACUGCUGUCUUCAAAGAUGGACGCCAGCUCAGCAUAAGGGAUAUAUUCUCUGAUCAGCUGCAGUACAAAGUCACCUACUGGAGGAACCAAAGCACUGGCAAAAAAGUGUUGCAGUCUAAGAACAGCAACAUAACACUGACUGACCUGGAUCGAGGGGAGAGCUACUGCUUUAUCAUCCAGGCCCUUAUCGCUGACCGCAGCCUGGACAACCAAUUGGGGGAAAUGAGUCAGACCAAGUGCUCCAAAAACGAAAAGCCGUCCAUCUUCCAAGUGUUUUCCCUGGGAGUCAUUGCUGCAGGCGUCCUCCUGUUGCUGCUGCUCGUGGGAACUGUCGUUGGCAUCACCCUGGUUUGCUACAGACACAGGAAGAAAGCACUGAGAAGACAAAAGGGAUUGCCGCUGCAGAAGAUAUAGUGUCUGCAGGGGCAGACGGUACUACUGAACCCGAGGCUGCUAGAUGUCCAAUAUUCCAAUGUCCAAAAACUGUAAUUUUUAGUUUCUGUGAAACUUCCUCUAAAUGUUUUUGUUUUGUUGCAUUCCAAAAGCUGAUGUUAAACUGGUUAGUUUCAGCUGACAGGUACGUUCAGUUCUCCACAGGAGACUUUAUUUAUUGACUUAAUUGUAGACUUGAAUGAUUGGGGUGUGGGGAUUAUAGUAGAACAACACUAAAUCAGCACAUAUGUGUGUACCUAAUGCUUAAUUUACUAUAUUUUACUGACAUUACCGUCAUUUAUCGCAAUUUCAUUUGAGAGUUUUAAAAAUGUUGAAUUCUUGCAGAUCUGCUAUUUUAGUUUUUGAAUGUUGUACAUUUCCACCCUUCUUUGACCUGGUUCACAUUUUUUACUGUGUUAAACAAUGAUAAAAUAAUGGAUUGACAACGCUAAAUCGAUAUUAUUGAUUGGGAAAAUUAUGUUUUCUUUUUAACAGUUACUGAAUUAUUUUGGUCAAAGAAAAAAGGCUCAGAGCAACUUAAAAAUGUCUUGGAAAUGUGCCUUUAGAAAAACCUGCUGCUUUUGAGAAGAUUUUUCUUUACAUCAAUCCAAUGAAAGUGGUGCACUGUAAGAUAUUGGUAUUAAAACAGGAAAAGGAAAUGCAGGCUCUGCUGUAAAGCUGUAAAGGUACAACACAAGGUGGUUCAAAGAGAUGGCACGUCCGCUUUUAGGAGACAAAAGGCUCAAACAGGGAUAGAUUUACUAAAAGUUGCUUAUCACUAUGAAAUUAUUCAUAAUUAAUCUUGUACUUUCAUUACCCACAUAUAACCAUUAGAAUCGACACACACUGUCACAAACAGACACGGUUGGUUCAAAUUUAAGAUGCAGCUCUGUGGUAAAUCCUAGAUUUAAUAUGCUUUUGUUCUGAAAAGCUGCCCUUCCAGGAAAACUCACAAAUAAAACCUUUACUGGAAAAGGAAACUGCAUCAGCUGCUGCUGGCUACAAUUGUCCUUUGGAAAGCAGAUAGAACUCAUCCUUCUAAGCUGAGCAUCCCAGUAAAUCCUAAAAGUUGCCGUCUUAGUCUUCCUGAGCAGAACCAGUAGGAAAAAGGGUAACGCUGUUAAACAAUUUGUGUAAAGCUGAGACAGGGGAGCCUACGGUGGCCUGUGAGGCAUAUCAUCAUCUGAGAUUUUCUGGUAUUAAGGGUUCUGAAAGUCCUCCAGAGAAAAGAUGCUGACUUUAAUGGUGAAGUUUGACUCUUAGAGGGUAAAUUUGACCUAGACUUUUUAUUAGUAGUAAAACACAAAAACAUACUACAGGACAAUCAUGUUUACCUUUAGUGUUUUUUCACAAAUAUAAGUGGUAACUUAUUGUUAAAAUCAUCUUUAUUUUUUUAAUUCUAUUAACAACUAAAGUGACAACAAUGUAUCUGUGAUGACUUGUUAAACUGUUUAGAGAACACACGUGAACAAAGGAAGUGGGUUUACCUUUAGCUGAGAAGAACAAGUGUGCUCUCAUGUAUACACUACUGUUUUCAUACUUUUUUUUAAAUAAAGUUACAUGUUCUAACUAA